CUCCAAUCUCUCACUCUGCCCCCAAGUUUCUCAAAGAAAAAAAAUGUGCCCCCAAGGCUACACAGAGUAUCCACUCAACCAGACCAGGUGGUCUCAGCCCGGUGACCAUUUCCGGCCAGCUUCUCCUUUCAUUUCCAUGACAAGCUGAUGCAGAAAGAUCCAUCUAAUGCCGAACCAUUUAGUUUAAGAAUCCUAUUCUUGGAGAGUACACAAAUAAUCCGUUCCUGGGCAUGUUCCUGUGCAGUUCCUGAAGAGUUAGGAACAGAACAAGGCCGCAGGAACACACGAGGCGCCACCGUCCUUUUCCUGCCUUUUAUCGUGCAGUUGAUCAAUCAGUCGCGGAAAGAUGAGCCCUUGAAACCAAAAUUCACGUGCCUCACCAUCUUUCGAUUUCAGAGUCGUUCCAAAUCCAAAGGUUAUCUAUUUUCCGAUAAUUUUUUUUCCUAAAGGUCCUCACUUUCUCUUACUAGCCAUUUUCCCUUUCCCCUCACAUUUCUCCCUUCUUUCUUGAGCAUUUUCCUUCGGUUCUGGAGUCUAAAAACCCUGACUUUUGUCGCCUUUUUCUUUCCUCCUAUUCGAGUCCCCGGAUCCAAGAUUCUUGAUUUGCUCGUUGGGAAUUGGGGUCAUAGUGGCAGCCGCGGUGGCGAUGGCGAAGCAUGUGGUGGCCGACCUCCGAGAGAAGUGCGGGACACCGGCGUCGCUGCUGCGAGAUGUGGCGUCAGAGAUUGCCGAUGAGAUGGGCGCGGGAUUGGAGAAGGAAGGCGGGAGCAAGGUCAAGAUGCUCCUCUCCUACGUUGAUAAGCUCCCCACAGGGAGAGAGGAAGGAUUAUUCUACGGAUUGGACCUAGGAGGAACAAACUUCCGCGUCUUGAGGGUGCAACUGGGUGGGAAUGAGAAGCAUGUCGUUAACCGUGAGUCCAGAGAAGUCACUAUUCCUCCACAUUUGAUGUCAGGGAGCUACUCGGAGCUUUUUGGUUUCAUUGCUUCUGAAUUGGCCAAGUUUGUUGCUGAUGAAGAGAGGUGUACUAACUCAACAAAUGGGAAGAAGCGAGAACUAGGGUUCACAUUUUCAUUCCCAGUGAAGCAACGUUCUGUUGCGUCAGGUACCCUUGUGAAGUGGACAAAGGCAUUUGCCAUUGAUGAUGCUGUAGGUGAAGAUGUAGUGGCUGAACUGCAAAUGGCUAUGGAGAAGCAAGGUCUGGACAUGCAUGUAGCUGCAUUGAUUAAUGAUGCUGUUGGGACUCUGGCUGGAGCAAGGUACUAUGACAAAGAUGUCGUUGCUGGUGUGAUAUUUGGCACUGGCACAAAUGCAGCGUAUGUUGAGAAGGCAAACGCUAUUCCGAAAUGGGAAGGCGAGUUGCCCAAUUCAGGGGAUAUGGUCAUCAACAUGGAAUGGGGUAACUUCUAUUCAUCCCGUCUUCCCAUCACUGAAUAUGAUCAAGAAUUAGAUAGGGAGAGCUUAAAUCCGGGAGAGCAGAUCUACGAGAAGUUAAUGUCAGGAAUGUAUUUAGGCGAAAUUGUAAGGAGGGUGCUCCUUGAAAUUUCGUUGCGAUCUUCAAUUUUCAGCAAUAUUGAUCACACUAAGCUCAGAACUCAUUUCCUUCUGCGGACCCCCCAUAUUUCUGCAAUGCACCAUGAUGAAACACCUGAUCUGAAGAUUGUAGCUGAAAAACUGGAAGAAAACCUAGCGAUUACAAACACGUCCUUAGAGACUCGAAAAUUGAUUGUCGAAAUUUGCGACAUUGUGGCUAGAAGGGCAGCUCGGCUGGCUGCUGCAGGGCUUGCAGGGAUCCUCAAGAAGCUUGGGAGAGAUUGCACUGCCCAGAAGCAACGAUCAGUCAUUGCCAUUGAUGGAGGAUUGUUCGGGCACUACACCAAAUUCCGCGAAUGCUUGGAGAGCACACUGGGUGAGUUGCUAGGAGAGGAGGCGUCCAAGUCAAUAGCCGUCAAGCACGCAGAUGACGGUUCAGGAAUAGGUGCUGCUCUGAUUGCAGCUUCUCAAUCUCAGUACAGAAAUGUUGAGUGAUAAUUGGCAAAAGUGUUUGCCAUACAUGCAGGAAAAAUGAGCUAGCAAGUAGCUGAAGUUCUUUCCCUUCUCUGUUGGGAAUACCAAUUUAUAGUUUUCCAGCAUAUGCGGAGCCUGGAACUGAAAGCAGUCUGUAAUCGAAACAAGGCUUGUUGAUGUCACCUUGCAUAGCUAAUAAGCAAGGAGAACCAUCCGGGCUUAGCGGCUUACCCGGCGAUUUCAGGAAAAACAAUCAGUGCUUGUAAAUAUACCAAAUCUCAAAACGAAAGCAUAUAUGUACCGUAACAUGAUGCAUGAAUUCAGCUCUGCAACAAAGAAGAAAAGAAG